AGGGAUAUAAAAACUCAAAGACAAUAAAUGUUUAAAACAAAGCAUCGCAGCAAGGACCGUUGUUCAGAGUUGUGAGAGUUCCGACGCUAGGUUCGUUUGAGAGAGAAAUGGUUCUGGCGAAUCGCUCUGCUCACUCAUCGGAGAAAUUAGGGUUAGCUCGUUACUAGAAAGUUCCGAUAUCCGAAAUGGUGAGCGAGAGAGGGGGAGCGGAAGAGCGAGCCGGCGAGGACGGCGACGGGAGCGAUGAGGAAGAUCUGGAGUGGCGCUGCGUUAGGCGGAGGAGAGAAUCGAGUGACGGUGAUGAGAGCGUGAGUUCAGCAGGUGCUGCGUUUGGCGAUGAUUCGGUCGGUCUGGGAGGAGGAGCGCCGCCGCUGGAGGAUGAGGUGUCGCCGUACUACUUCGAUGAGCAUGACGUCGGAGAUGGAGAAGACGACGAACAAGGAAGAGGAGGAGGAGAAGAGGUAGCGGCGGAGAAACGGAUGAGCAGUCAAGGCGAGGAGGACAAGGAGCCGAAGGGGAAACAAGUCGUUGCAGUUCCUAGGCGUGGCGCGUUCUAUAUGCACGACGAUCGAACUGACCGUCGAGGUCGAGGCCGGCAAAACUAUGUGGCGGGAAGAUUGAUUGAACCCCUCGACGAAGGAAAAUGGCAGCAUGACAAGUUCGAACAGAUACAAGCAUCUAAUGACAAGAAGGUCAUGGACCAUGUCGGACUCAUGUGCUUUGUUUCUCAUUUUUUGCAACUAUUUCGACGGUGUGGUUGGAGGAUAUGAACAUUUUCCUAUGAUUGGUUUUGCAGCUAAUGCUACUUAUCAUUUACAUUUAUUGUUACUGUGAAGAAUAAUGAAGACAACGUCUGAUGCAAACCCUUUCCUUGAAUACCACAACAAUCAGGAUUCAUCAAGAAUUUUGAAAGGGAGAGGGCCCGUAAAGUAUCCACUCGCCAUACGUUACAGUAGAUAUCCAUCAGAGGAGAAUAAGAAAGCUUGGAAGUCUCAGGAAACAAGAGCAAACUCUGGGAGGGUGCUAGCAGAAGCUUCAAGUCUACAAGUUGGUUCACCUGCAUCGAAGAAGGAAGUAUCUGCAUCUCAUCAGAAUCAUGCAGCAGAAGCUUCAAGUCAACAAGUUGGCUCAUCUGCAUUGAAGAAGGAAGUGUCUGAAUCUCAUCAGGAUCGUGCAGCAGCUGUGGGGAAUCCUACAAUUUUUACUUUCAAUCAUGCCAUCUCCGCAUUAACAAAAAGGAAUGAGCAAAAAAGAAGUAAGGAAGGAAACUCUCCCAAAUCUGUCCUAUCAAAGAAUGAUCAAUUCAUGGAAACUGCCAUUGCAUCUCCACCUUUGAGGGGUUUGAGUGAUUCUACUGGGAGGGACCAGCAUCCUAGCAAGGAGUUGAUCCGGGAAAAUAAUCUUGAAUGCGUUCAGUGGCAUGGUCAGGGAACUGGUUUGCCAGUUUCACCUCAGCAUACUUAUCAGAAUCCUGCUUCUAACCCAAAUGGAGGUGCUCUGAUGAUAAACAACGGAGUUAUGCCACAAACAUCUUUCAGCAGCUCAAUUCCACCCUCUUUCCAAGGUUAUAGUCGGGAGUAUACACUUUUCGGAUCACCAUUUAGAGCUGUUGUCCCAAGUGCAUCCGAAAUUGGGACAUUGUUCAUAUCUGCUGGACUCAACACUGAGUUGAUCCAUCCAGCUGCUAGCCGUCAAGCAGCUUUUCUGCCUCUGCAGCCGGUAAUGACCUGGGCAAAUAGUCCUCAAUCUCUUCAAUGGAAUGGUCAGGGAAUUCCUUUGUCUCCAUCGCAUCAUGCUUAUCAGUAUACUGCUUCUAACCAAAAUGGAGGUGCUCUGGUGAUAAACAACCUUGUUAUACCACAAACACCUUUCGGCAACUCAUUUCAACCCCAGUUACAAGGUUAUGGUCAGCAGUUGUAUUCUCUUUCUGGAUCACCUGAUGGAUUAGAUAACUCAGAGAUUGCAAUGGCUGGGAGAGAAAGUGGUGCUGAUGGAACCUGUGGAAGAACUUAUUCUGGAGAUGAUACCCAUACCAUUCAGAACUUCACAACCACUGUGAAUCACUUUCCUGUAAACCAAGUUAGGGGUCAGCAUCUUAGCGAGCUUGGAGAAAUUGGAACAGCUAAUGCACCUGGAUAUUAUGCUGCUGAACCGAGUUUCGGGAGUUCUGCCUCUGGUUUGGCAAGGACGCAAGUCUGGCCAACUAAUGCUGGAAGUGUAGGCUCUGCCCAUCCUUCUUGUACCUAUCCGACACCAACCACCGGAGAAUACGGCCGUGCCUAUUCAACAGACCCAGAAUCUUCUCUAAGCAUGGCUGGAAAUGAAGACAAUGUGAGACCUCAUGAGGGCAGCAACCCUAUGGAUGGAUAUGAAAUGCCAAAUACAACACGUGGAGAAGGACACAAGCUUCAAAGGCAAGUCAAUCAUUUGAGUUGCUUAAACUACGGAUUUAUCUAGAUCCCUCAUCGCUGUAUUGCUUCUGCAGGAUACUUGCUGGUUAUCGUCGCAGCUCAAAUGGUUCGACAAUGCUGGUGCACAGACAACUAGAUAUCAAAAAGGAACUCAGGGUUACACAUUUUAUGUAGCUACAGAGAGGAAAUUUUGUGAUUUCAGGCUUGUGCAGAUAUCUACAGACUCUUUUGAAGAAGAUGAAGGUAGCUAAAUUGGCUUCCCUAUUCCCAGUUCCCAUACAGAAAUCUUUUAGUAAGCUUCGUGCUCUGUUUACUCUGCAGGGGAAGUGAAGAAAAAAGGGAAGGCAAUAUUCAGAUAUCCAUCAAUGGGGAAGCUGAUGGGUUUUGGGAAGGUGUUCGACAGACUCUGUCUGUCUCCAUCAUUGCCGAACUCGAACUCCUGCUUCUGCACGAAAUUCAUGGAGGCUGGUGACGAUGAUGAUUUGGGGGAAGUGUUUGAGCAGAAGGCGCCAUUGAUGAUGGGGAGUGUUGAGAAGAACAGCAGCAAAGUGGUGAGACUCAAAGAUGUUGUCUCCGUUAACCCGAAUCAAACUCUGGCAUUUCAACUCAAGCCCAAGAUGGUGAUUCUGAGGGUAUCCAUGCAUUGCAGUGGCUGCGCCAAGAAGGUUGAGAAGCAUGUUUCCAGGAUUGAUGGUGAGUCAUCAACUGAUUG